CUUAGGUGUGCAUCUUCAUUUUUCGCCCGAGAGAAGUAUUGAUAUAUGUUUAUAUAUUAUAAAAAGUUGAAGUGAAAUUGAAAUUGGGAAAGUUUACAUUUGAGCCGAUAUACUGCUUAGAAUUUGCAAUGAUUGAACACUUUAAAUAUUUGCUAUGUGCGCUAUUGGCAAUUUUUCAUGUGUCUGCUGCAUUGGCAACAAAUAGUACUUGGGCCUGCACUAAUAAGGAAAUCAUUCCUCGGAACAAGCUCUGCGAUGGCUAUGCCGAUUGCAGCAAUGGACGCGAUGAAUCUGUAAAGGUAUGUCUGUCCAAUGCUUGUAAGGAUGAUGAAUUCCGUUGCGCCUAUGGGGCGUGCAUACGAGCCGAAUUGAAAUGUAAUAAUCAAAUCGAUUGUUUCGACCGGUCUGAUGAAAUGGAACUUUUGUGUGCCUCCGAUAAUGAAAUAUGGGCAAAGCUACAAGGAAAUUGGUGGAUAAAACAGGAUAAUCCGUAUACCAGAAAUCCCAAUGACUUAUCUUGUGAAAGUGGUAAAUUUAUCGCACAGGAAUUAUUUUGUGAAGGCAAAGCGGAUGGUGACGACGUCUCUGACGAAACUGAAGCGUAUUGCUCGUUGAAAAAAUGCAAACCCACCCAAUCCCCUUGCAGAUAUGGCGGGUGCAUUGAUACAAAUAAAUUUUGUAACGAAGAAAUUGAUUGCAUUGAUAGGUCGGAUGAGAAUGAAUUUUUCGCUAAGUGCCCGCACCACAAUUCAUCAUCAGAAGUCGAGUAUAAACCAUCCACCAGCCCUUGCAACAUUCUAGAUGAUCCAAAUCUCGAAAUAUAUAAUGAAAACGAACAAGUUUAUUCAAAACCCGGUUACUUUGACAAUGAAACUCGAAUCAUUUUAACAUACAAAAAUAAUUACACAAUAGCAGCCAAUACACCGAAAGUGGUGCGCAUUUGCGGUCAACAGGGUUGGAAUGAUGUGAUACCGAAGUGUUUUAGCAGAGAAUAUGAGGGUUACUUCUCGUGCAAUAAUGGCGACGUAGUACGCGAUUGUAGCGACGGUUCGGAUGAGUUCAUUGAAAAUAAUGUCAUAGAGAGUCCAUGUUUAAAUGCAGAAAAUCCCAAUGACUUAUCUUGUGAAAGUGGUAAAUUUAUCGCACAGGAAUUAUUUUGUGAUGGCAAAGCGGAUGGUGACGACGUCUCUGACGAAACUGAAGCGUAUUGCUCGUUGAAAAAAUGCAAACCCACCCAAUCCCCUUGCAGAUAUGGCGGGUGCAUUGAUACAAAUAAAUUUUGUAACGAAGAAAUUGAUUGCAUUGAUAGGUCGGAUGAGAAUGAAUUUUUCGCUAAGUGCCCGCACCACAAUUCAUCAUCAGAAGUCGAGUAUAAACCAUCCACCAGCCCUUGCAACAUUCUAGAUGAUCCAAAUCUCGAAAUAUAUAAUGAAAACGAACAAGUUUAUUCAAAACCCGGUUACUUUGACAAUGAAACUCGAAUCAUUUUAACAUACAAAAAUAAUUACACAAUAGCAGCCAAUACACCGAAAGUGGUGCGCAUUUGCGGUCAACAGGGUUGGAAUGAUGUGAUACCGAAGUGUUUUAGCAGAGAAUGUUAA